AUGACAGAAGAAACAGCCUCCCUGCUGAACACCGCCCUGCUCGUGCUGCGGCUGGUCGCCCACAACGCGUACCAGGCCUCGCAGCACCUGAAACACAACUACCCGGACGCCUACCGCAUGCUCAGCUACGUGCUCGUGGCCUUCACCGCCUACCGCGUGGCCCGCUUCGCCGUGCGCUCGCUCUACUCCACGCUCCGCUCCAUCCUCAAGCUCGUGCUGCUCGCAUACCUAGUCUACAUGGCCGUCAGCGUCGUGCUUGUGCUCGACGAGAGCAAAAACGGCCCCGGCGGCGACCUCGACCUCGAGACCCAGCUCAUUCUCAUCACCACCAACCUCGUGCACCAGCUGCAGAGCACCUUCCGCCUGCUGCGCAUCCUCUCCCUGGCCCUCUACCGCCUCGCCAUGCGAUAUAGCCAGCUCGCCGCCACCGACCCGGACUUCGACGACCACCUUCUGCCCCAACUCCACUCCAUCCCAGCCACCCUCUACACCUUCUUCGCCCAGCUCUAG